GUCUUUCACCUAAGAGGCAAGAGCCAAUAAUCACGACUCUAAGCAAAGAUGGAAAGUUUAAAGCUUUGAAGCUAAUGAAAAAGUGGAAGAAAAAAAAAAAGAGAGAGAGAGUAAAAGAAGGAAGGAUGCUGAUAUAAAGUAACCAUGGUUAGAACUCAAUAAGACUUCCGGAAAGGAACGGAUGCCUUAACCAUGGUUGAAAACUGGAAACCAACAUGGGUUUAGGCUGCUGGAGGGUGGUGGGAAUUCUUUCGGCCUGUUUUCCUGGGGAUGGUAAUUAUAAAAAGCCCAUCAUCCAUCCACAGAUAGAAAGCAAAGCAAAGAAACAAGGCAUCGAGCAGCUGAAGCACUAUCCAAUUUAUCUCCCCCGAAUUUCUCAAGCCGAUUCAAUGAAUCCAUAACCUUUGUGGGUUUUUUUGGCUUGUACCGCGAUUUCAUCGCUUUCUGGGUUUCCUAGCUGAUAAUUCAACAGUAUCUGCUGCAACUUUUACUUUGAUUCUGCAGAAACUGAAGAACUUCAGCUGUGUUGUGUGUAAGUUUCUAUCCAUUUCUUUUUUUUCACUUCAUCGACAGAGCUAUGGUGUUUUUUCUCUUGUUUUUCCUUAAAUAUUCUGAAAUGACAUAGGAAAGAUCGUGUCUUUCUGUAUUUAAAAAGAAAAACUGGAUCUUGGAUAUUAGCUGGACUAAUGUUUUCUGAAUUAGCUAGCUGGGUUUUUCAAAUCCAGGUGACUUCUGUUGAGUUUCCUCAUUUGUGAAGGUUUCUUCUUUUGGUUCAAUUGUUGUAUGCUGUUCGAUCUUGUAUCUAUGUGUGUGCCGUGAGAAGCUGAUAAUUGAUGAUGUUAAUCAAUGGAGGAUGUGGGUUUCUGAGGGUUCCUUGAUUUGUGGGAUCUGGGUCGAUCUAUAUUGACUCUAAAUUCGAAAGAGUUGCUCUUCUAAUUUCAAUCUCAGCUAUACCUUACAUUUCAUUAGGCUGAUAGAACUUGGUUUUCUGCAGUGUAGUCUUUAUAGGGUUUGACGCGUAGAUAGAUAUUUGAUCCUUUAUGUUAUUCUACAUAUAUUGGUAGUGGUAGUAUCAUUAAGAAGAUGGAUUGAAGUUCUUGAACUUCUAUCUAGUUUGGAUUUGCAGCCUUUGAUUUCAAUCAAAUUCUUUUGGCUGAUCGCCAGUGAAAAUUGCCACAUACGAAAGGCUAUUGCUCAGUUUAGUUCAUCGAAGCAUUUCAUUUUUCGAUAGUUUGUUGAUUCUAAACUAGUUUGUUCAGUGUCUGAUUUCUACCUCGUUUAUGUUCCUUUCUUCAGAUAUCUAGUUACACAAAGAGAAGGUCUUGAUCCUCAUUUAACUCUUCAAGUUCAUUUCGCAAAGAUGGGUCUCUCAACUCUUCCAUCUCCAUCUGAAGGAGUCCUGUGUCUACUCCUGGUAAACACGGCAAUGUCUAUCUCUAUAGUCAAAGGAAUCCUCCGUUCAAUCCUUCACAUAGUCGGCAUCCAUCUCCCACCGUCAUCACCUCCAUACUCCGAGUUCACCGAAGAACCCACGAUGGACCCUUUUGAGUUCUCCACUACUACCUCAGAUGCCUUCAUUGACCAAUUCCGAAGCAGGGCUGCAUCGGAAGGUUACAUUGAGGAGUUCCGCAGCAGGAGUCCACCAACUCGGUUCGACAAAGUAUGCCGGACCGAACAUGACUGCUCAGUCUGCUUGACUCGGUUCAACCCAGAAUCGGAGAUCAAUCGACUGUCCUGUGGGCAUAUCUUCCACAUGGUGUGCCUUGAGAAGUGGUUGGACUAUUGGAACAUCACUUGCCCUCUCUGCAGGAGCCCGUUGAUGCCUGAAAAAGAGGAUGCAUCGUGCUUUUCCUGAUGGAAGGUAUAGCGAUUUUAUAGUGAGAUACUGAGAGAGAUGCCAUGUACAGCGUGCUAGUGUGUACAUAGAGGGUACUUAUCUAGUUUUGCUGUGAAAUCCAGGGAGCAUAGAUUGGGAGCUUGAGAGAGUACUUGGAAGUUCUUUCAUUGUACAUAUUGUGAGAGUGAGAGAGAGGGUUUUAGGUUUAUGAUCAUAAUCUAUUGCAGCUAUCCAUCCAACAGAAGAGAUCUGGUUUAUACUUGGUUUGUGAAUCCUUAUUCUUUCUGGUUUACUUGUUUCCUGCUGAUUGAAUUUGUGCUUAUGGUGGAUGCAUCAUGCAUGGAUUAUAUGCAUCCGUGGUGAGUUUGCAGCUUUUAUUGUCUAACCGAGUCAAAUGUUGCUGUGACUUCGUGAGGACGAGGUAAAACAAGACCCACUGCCCCUACGUUUUCUUACGAAACCCAAAUCCUAGGUUUAGCAGCAAGUCAGUCAAAUGGAGGAAAUCUGCAGCUUUCCAUGUUCUAGAGGGCAAGCAAGUGCCUUUCAGUUUGGAUAGCCAUAUGUAUCUAUGCUCUGCAACUUUCUACAAUCUUUCCAGUUGAUUGAAUGGUAUUCCGAAGUCUCAUAGUAUACAACAACCACCCUAGUAAGAUUAUUCCUUUUGACUGAUUUUGAUUGAAUGGUCUUCCCAAGUCUCAGUAUACAACACCCACCAUAGUACGAUUAUUUCUUCGACUUAUUUUCGACCGACAGUAUGACUCGGACGAGACUUACAAAACUCCAUUGAAUCAAGCAUGGUUGUGUUUUCAAACUUUGAACCUAAACUUUGUAUGUAUGCUCUAUAGCCCCUGGUUUAAUCUUAGUUCGAGUCCCAUCUAAAUGUACUAGCUUUGGGCCCGGCCUUUGGCCGGUAUUGUUUAAUAAUUUUUUGUUUUGUCAUUUAUUUUUUAUUUUUGGAAUUCAUUUUUUUUUCUUGUUUGGAGGUAUUUAUUGUAAAUGGCAUUGUUUUAUUGGCCUUUCCAUGCAAUUUGUAAAUUAUUAUCGUUUCAAUAUAAUAGUAGCAUUGCAGUAUUUGGAAUAGAGUUAUCAUGUCCUAUAAUUGAAUUUGAGCAAAUAUCUUGUUGUGGUACUGUUAACCGAAGAAUUUGCAGUCUUCAUGUUCUAGUAGGACAACAUUGACAAUGCUUGUGUUUUCCUCAACCAACACAAUAAUCGUAUACCUGUAUGGUUGUCAUGAAACAAUGAAGUGAGAAGAUAUGUCUCUGACUCUGAGGCUGCUUAGAGUUCAAAAAGUGAUAGCCUGUUAGGAAAUUGGUUUUUACUUGGAUGAAUAGAGUGAUUACCCUGAAGCUGAGCAUAACUAAUUUGAGAACAAAUUAGGAAUGAAGAGUGACCAUUGAUUUGAAAUUAUGAAGCCAAAUUACAGCAAAGAACUCAGAAAGCAAACUUAAAGAAAAGAGGGAAUAGAGUAGAGGGCCUCAUCUGGGAAGUGAAGCAGUUGCCAGAUAGUCCUACACAAAUAACAUAAGAAUGUGUCCUAAAAUUAUUAAGCAGCAAGACAAUAAUAGCAGGGCAAUAGAAUAUGUAAAGCAAUCAAUCAUAUAGAAUAGUUAAUGCAUUUGGGUCGGAAAUGACGAAAAAGAUGAUUCCCAUACAAUGGAGGCUAAUAAAAGGCAGUCCAAAAAAAUUGACGGUAAAGUGGAAUUGGAUGAAACUCAUCCAUGGAUGCAAAUUAGUGCUCCUGCAAAAACAGAGUUAUCUUGUGUUAUCUGGGUAACAGAAAUCAGUAAUUACUGGGGAGACCGCUAUGACGACAAAGCGGACAAUGGUCAGAGCCCAUGUUUCCAAUGACCGGAACUCACAAUCCCAUCUAUUGGCCAUUUUAAUCCUCGCUUGCACGAAAAAUAAGCACAACGCCAUGGAGCCAGAUUCGAAGCCAAAGGUAGCGGCGACCGAGCAUUUGGACGACCAAUUGGAUUACACUGGAGCCCAAAAAUGAAGCAACGAAACCCAU